CUACGGAUGACGUGAUGCGAAAGUGGGUGUGACUACCAUUGGAUAGCCGGCUAUCAAACGUGAAGGUUCUCUUCAAUUUUACCUUUCAAAAGCAGUGUUGUUAUCAAUCUUGUUGCAAGCCGUUUCUUAUAUAGACAAAAAUGUCUCAACAACAAUAUUAUCCAUUUAAAUGUACUCCUACAGUAUAUCCCGCUGAACCAUUUGAUGCAAAUGCAGAUGCUGCAAUGUUGCGUAAAGCUAUGAAAGGUUUUGGUACAGAUGAGAAAACUAUUAUUGAUGUGCUUACAAGAAGAGGAAUUGUUCAAAGAUUAGAAGUUGCUGAAGCAUAUAAAACUUUGUAUGGAAAAGAUUUAGUUAGUGACUUGAAAAGUGAACUAACAGGAAAAUUAGAAGAUGUUAUAAUUGCUCUUAUGACACCAUUACCUCAUUAUUAUGCUAAAGAAUUACACGAUGCAAUCAGUGGAUUAGGAACUGAUGAAGAAGCAAUUGUAGAAAUUUUAUGUACUUUAAGUAACUAUGGUAUACGUACAAUUGCAGCAUUUUAUGAAAAUUUAUAUGGAAAAACUCUUGAGAGUGACUUAAAGGGAGAUACUUCAGGACAUUUUAAGAGAUUGUUAGUUUCUCUUGUUCAAGCAAACAGGGAUGAAAAUCAAGGAAUAGAUCAAGCUCAAGCUGCAGCAGAUGCUCAAGCACUUCAUGAAGCUGGUGAGAAACAGUGGGGUACAGAUGAAUCUCAAUUCAAUGCUAUUUUAGUAACACGCAGUUAUCAACAAUUAAGACAGACUUUUAUUGAAUAUGAAAAAAUAUCUGGACAUGACAUUGAAGUUGCUAUUAAAAAAGAGUUUUCUGGAAGUCUUGAAAAAGGUCUUCUUGGAAUAGUUAAAUGUGUGAAAUCAAAAGUUGGUUUCUUUGCUGAACGAUUGUAUGCUAGUAUGCAUGGUAUUGGUACAAAAGAUCGAACAUUGAUUCGCAUUAUUGUUUCUCGAAGUGAGAUCGAUUUGGGAGAUAUUAAAAAAGCUUUUGAAGAACGAUAUGGAAAAUCCUUAGAAAGCUGGAUCGCUGGUGAUACAUCGGGGGAUUACAAGAAAGCAUUACUCUCACUUGUUUAUACUUAAGUAAAACGAAAUGUUUUAUGAUACAAUUUAACAUAAUUUUGUAGCACAAAUACACGACGAGUGUUUCUUUGGUAUUCUGAAGUAACUUGCUUGCUUGAAGUGCUUACGCCAAUUUUUUUAUUAUUCAAGUAUAUAUGGGUAUAAAGGAUUGUCUAUUUUAGAAUCUCGAUUUUGAAAUCUCUAAAAAAUUACA